GGUAGGAGUAGGUCAGAAGAACAGGAGGCAGUUCGAAAUUUGAAACCCAAUCCGUCAUCCGUUUUCCCUCUCCUCUCCGCUCUCUCUCAUCCAAAAAGGGCAAAGAAAAGGACGCUCCUCGCCUCCUCCCUACUCUACUCACACACACUCCACAGUCCCCACUCCCCACCCCCACCCUCUAAGGAGAAGAGCGAAGCACGCGGCGCCGGGAGGAGGGAAGGAGCCCUCGCCGCCGCCGCCGCCGCCGACCCCCGCAGCGCGCAGAUCGCGGCCGGAUCUACGGCGCCGGGGGUCCCCGGAUCGACGGCUCCGCCGCGGCCUCCCGCGCUGCACGCGAGCGGUUUGGAUGGCUGCACGAAACCAAAACCCUGUGCUUAUUGCUUGCGAAGCACCCACUGGUCGAAUCACGCGAGCUCAAGCUGCAGCGAAUCGUCGAAGGUUUGGGGUAGUUCAUUCUGUACCGCUGCCAGCAAAAACUGAACAAAAACAGGCUGCAAGAGGGAAGACUAAAAGGGUAACUUCAGAUGAAAACACUAGUGCAAGUGCUGCAAUUUCAGGUCCCCAGCCUAAAAGGCGCACGGUACUCAAGGAUGUGACCAAUAUAAGCCGUGCUAGCACCAACAAAAAAGGCACCGCGGCAACUAAAUUGCAGGGGAGGCCCCCACAAAGGGUUGGACGAAUCGUAAGCAAAAACAAGCAGUAUGCAAAGAAGGUUCCUAAGAUACUCCCACCAGCAGUUAAUGGUACUUCAUGUGUCAAUGAUUCUAACGUUGCUGAAGAAACACAGUAUGCAAACCUUUUGGCACCAAGAGAGGAGCCCAAUGUUUUGCUUGAAAAUGGGGGAUCUCUGUCAUUACGGAAUAUUGAACGAAACAGGGACAGUGCUUGUCACGAGGCAUUCUUUGAGGAAAGAAACGUGAGGGAUAGACCUGAACCUUGUCUGUCAAAGACUGGGGACUCUCCUGCUUUGAACAUUGUGGAUAUUGACAAAUGUAAUGACAAUCCUCAAAUGUGCACGUCCUAUGUUGCAGAGAUAUACUCAAAUCUAAUGGCUUCAGAGCUUAUGAGAAGACCCAGUGCAAAUUACAUGGAGACUUUGCAACGGGACAUCACAAAGGGCAUGCGGGCGAUACUCAUCGAUUGGAUUGUUGAGGUUUCUGAGGAAUACAAGCUUGUGCCGGACACACUGUACCUCACUGUAUAUCUUAUCGACCGAUUUCUUUCUCGGAAUUACAUUGAAAGACAGAGACUUCAGCUUCUGGGAAUAACUAGCAUGCUUGUUGCCUCGAAAUAUGAGGAGAUAUGUGCUCCUCGUGUUGAUGAGUUCUGUUUCAUAACGGACAACACAUAUACAAAGUCUGAGGUGCUGAAAAUGGAGUGCCAAGUGCUUAAUGACCUGGGAUUUCGUCUUUCUGUUCCAACAACAAAAACAUUUCUGAGGAGAUUCCUUAGAGCGGCGCAGGCUUCUCGAAAAGCUCCUUCUUUAACUUUGGGAUUUCUGGCUAACUAUCUCGCGGAGUUGACUUUGAUCGAUUAUGGUUUCUUGAAAUUUCUUCCUUCAGUUGUGGCAGCAUCAGCGGUCUUUCUUGCAAGAUGGACACUUGACCCAUCUGACCUCCCCUGGAAUUAUACCCUUGAGCACUAUACCUCUUACAAAAGCUCCGAUAUUCAGACAUGUGUCUGCGCUUUACGGGAACUGCAGCAUAACACCAGUAAUUGCCCUCUUAAUGCUAUCCGUGAAAAGUACAGGCAAGAAAAGUUUGAGUGCGUAGGAAACCUGACUUCACCGGAGCUGCUCCAGUCGCUCUUCAGUUGACAUGCCAAUAACAUCAGUUACCUGCUGAUCAGCAACCGUUAGCAGCAGUCGUAGCUGAGACUGCGUUAACAUUAUGUAGCAUCCUGUCUUCCCCUUCCCCUUCCCCUUCCCCUUGUUUGAUUGAAUGUUGACUCGAGCUGUUGUUGUUUCCCGACCUUUUUCAAGUCGUGCAGUAAGAGGGAUGGCUCGCAUAUUCUUUGACAUAAAGUUUACCCGAUUGUAAACACACUGUGUAGGCUUGCCUUGAGUUGAUAACCCUAAGACCUCCAACCUGUAUAACAAACAACUGAAUGCUGUUGGUCGUGACAAAAAUUCAAUUAUUAUUGGCUUUGAAAUGGAAAGUAG